AGAUUUCCACCUACUCGUAUAAACACACACAUACACAUAUACGCGCACACUUCUCUGGAUAGCUACCGAGUAGGUAUAUAUAUAAUCCACUACAGGAGUUCAUCGCCGAAUAGUCCAGCUGUUCAUCUCCGGUCAGUGUACUUAUUACUCCCUCUCGAGUCUAUGUACGUUCAUUUGCCCACCUCACUUAGACUAUCGAUGGAAGACAUUGGAAGUUGGAUCGACAGGAAUAGCAAAAUUCAUGAAAAUAAUGUGAAACCAGGUAUAAUAAUGGUCAAUCCUGUCAAUCCAGUAUAAUCAUAGGUCGCUGGUGGUAAUCAAACUAAUCAAAUGAUCAUAAUAAUUCACCCCUUAUAUACAUACACAUAUACAUACUUACUUACUUACGACUCUAACUCAUCUGUCCAUCUACCCGUCUACCUAUAUGUAUCGUAUGUAUCGUAUGUAUCAUAUGCAUCAUCAUAUGUAUUGGCCGCAAUAAUCCCACAGGGAAUGACAAACGACCACCCAUCCAUCACCUUCUUUGUCACUCUCGGACCCUCGUCAUUACAGAUCAACCACCUCGAGCGAAACACAACCCACCCCAUCCUAAUAAAUAAUUCCUCAACUUGCCAAAUACAAAUAUUAUUCUGGCUUAAUCCCACAAUUCCACAACCUCACAAACACUUUGAAUACUUUGAUCCAACAAUACUAAUACGCCCAUCAUGUCCGUCGAAAUCGAUUCGCAAGAGCUUGGCUUUCACCGUCCUUUUACCACAGAGGUGUCGCAAACAUUGAGAAUCAGAAAUCCUAAUCGUACUCCUGUCGGUUUCAAGGUCAAGACCACUGCGCCCAAACAAUACUGCGUGCGGCCAAACUCUGGUAAAUUGGAGCCGGGAAGAAGCAUAGAUGUCACUGUUCUCUUACAGGCAAUGAAGGAUGAGCCACCUCUCGAUGCGAAGUGCAGAGAUAAAUUCUUAGUUCAGUCUGUUGAGAUCACACCAGAUAAGGAGUUUGUCGAUUCGCCCUCAAACCAUGUCGACCGAGCAGAUAAGAAGGAUAUCCAAGAGAAAAAGAUUCGAGUCGUUUUCCUCCCACCAAAGUCGACAGGAGUAGCAGCCAAUACACCUUCGAGAAAUGGUGUUAAUGGAGGAAAUAGUGCGCUUUCAACCCCAGACACUGCCCCUCCAGCCUAUCGAUCAGUCUCUCCCGAAGAACACUUCACCCCUGCAGCAAAUCGUGUUGUACCAGGAAACUCAGGCCCAGCCCCCUCCGUCAGUAUCAAUGACGAGCCAAUUGGCACUCGCAACCUCGGCGACGCUCGCUCUUCUGCAUUCAACCCCGCAGCUAGCAGCAGCAGAGAAAGUAAUGCAUCCGCAGUCACCGCCCCAACCGGAAUGCCUACCUCCGUUGAAGAACUCCAAGCCCAGCUCAUCGAAGCGAAGAAAACUAUCGCAUCCUACGCCGAACAAGGUGGUAUGAGAAUGAGAAAAGUGGCAAAUGGGGAAACCUCAAAUGAGACGGUCAAUGAAAUGGCUACCAAGUUGCAAGGUGUAGAAGGUGUACCUGUACAAAUCGUCGCAGCUCUCUGUUUGCUUAGCUUCUUACUUGCAUACCUGUUCUUUUAAUCUAAAGUUGGGUGUGCUUGUUUGCUCGCAUUCUGAAUUUUGGGUUGUGGUUUCUGGCUUUGAUGAGUUAUAGCGCUGCACCCCUCUCUUCCAUUAUUGUAUAAGAGGACAGACACGAAGCGAAAUAAUCAAUAUUGGGUGUCUUUCUGGUGCUCUCGGGUGCUGUUACUCUUAGGUACUGGUUUCUUGGGUUCUAGACCUCGUUCUUCUUCUUGCACUUUUGUGAAAGUAUAGUUCAAGAGAAGAUCCCUCUAAUUUUACGACGAUUCCUCCAAAACUUUAUAUUUCCUUGCUGUUGAUUUUCUUUUCUUUCUCGAUUUCCUCUCGCUACAGCUUUUGCAUUACGAAUGUACCACUUGUAUUCUAUUGCUUUUUUUUCCGACGAGUUCAGCCUUUUGACAAAGUUUACUUUUCCUUUACGUUUUCUUUCUUUUGUUGCGGUGUGUGGGGGCUUCUACAUAUGUGUUCGUCCAAAAAAUAUGGGUGAAGGAAAGAGAGAUGAGGGAGAGACCAGAAGACCUUGAUCUGGCUGGACUGGGCUGGGCUAUGCUGGAAUGAACUAAAUCAGUAAUAUGGUAUCGGAUGUAUGUAGCGAGAGAGCAAGUGGGCAAUAAAAUGCUGGAAUCAUCGCGAGUUACGUUUCAUACAUAGUAGGUAGUUGGUGAGGCAAGGUACAAAAUCUCGGUUAAAUUGUAAAAGACAAUUGCA